UAUGUGGAGAGUCGCAUGGUGUUCAUAGCCCCCAACCUCACCGCUGUGUGCGGGUCAGCCACGGCUGCUCGACUGAUGGGUCUGGCGGGCGGGUUAAAAGGACUGGCUCAGAUGCCUGCAUGCAACGUCGAGGUGUUGGGCGCGUCCAAGAAGAAUCUGUCAGGCUUCAGUACUGCGCAUAUGCUGCCGCACACCGGCUUUGUAUACUACUGUGGUAUGGCUGUGGUACUAAAAAUAGGUCAUAUACCGUAUGCUUACGCUGUACUGGCGUCUCGCAUGCCACGGGAAUACAACAGUGGCUGGGUUGGACUAUAGUGCAAUGCAAGAUAGGG